UUCGAUGAUAUACCUGCAUUUACCAAUAAGCAUCGAUAAAUCAUAAGAUUAAAUCGGUAAAUUUCCAAAAAGCAAUCUAUUUCCUGAUAAUUUCUGACAUUACCCAUCUUAUUCGGUAAAUGUUAAUGUUUUGAGCAAGCUGCUGCAUAAACCCAUUUUGCAGGUAAAAAAAGUGCACAUGAUCCAUGGUAUUAAAGGAGUGCUAAAUAAUGUAUAAAUUUCCUUAACAUUUACACUAGAAGAUUUAACAGUUGAUUGACCAAUAACUAAAGCCAGGUAGCAUUGGUACUUUUUAAUAUCAAUUACAACAUUUAUGUGCAGACUACAUGUGUAUGAAAAAGCACAUUUUUACCUGUUUUUAAUUGCAAUAAAAUCUUGAUUAGAGAGCAUUCACUUGGUAGUUAAUCUUGGGCUGUACAGCAAGCUAUUAACUACCACACAGUAUUGCCAUCUAGUCAGCUUUCUAUACUGUUCCUUUAAAUCUUCUGGCUGUAUCGGUUCUCAUUUCUUUUAGUAUCCCUUCCGGAGAUUUAAUCCUAUAUCUGCAGAACCGUGUAUCCAAUUUUCAUGAAACCUGGUAGUAACAUUUUUUAAUGGGGGGAUAGGGGCUGUCUUUGUCACAUAUUAUUGCAUUAGUCUGGAGAAUUUCUUAUCAAAUCAUGAUUAACCAUGCUAAUUCUUAUUCUACAAUACUGUUAAUAUAUGGCUAGCAACAUUUUCAUCAUACCAACAGCUUCAAUUUAGAAUUAAUAGUCACAGCAGGAGAUGUAAACAUGUUGCUCCCAGAAUUUAACCCUUGAAGACGCAUCAUCUACAAGACUAAUACAUUCUCAGUAUAAAAGCAGCAAAUCAAAUAUCAACAUUUAAAUAUUACUAACAGUCUGUUUUAAAUACUUUUUGCUUUCACUUUCUAGGACAUCGUUGCAAUCAUUGGGCGUUUUCUUUUAGAAAGAAAAUGGAGGCACACUUUCCAAUGGAGCUACAGGUUAUUAACCCUACCCCUUGACAAUGUACUCUCUCGCGGGCCUUCUGUUUAGGGUUCAGCUUGGUCCUAGGCGUUUAAAAUGUGUCACUUAAUCAGAACCAAAGUUAAAGCCUGCACACCCAUUCCUAUAAAAUAUACAAACAGUAACCAGAUAAAAGGGAACAAAGCAGUUUAAAAGAUCACUAAGUAGCCAUUUCUCCACAUGUUUUAAAAGUGCAAAAUAUAACAAAACCACUUAAUAAUAACCUUUCUCAUCUUUGCAUGUGGCACAUCUAAAUAUACAGUUUGUCUGUAAUUUGGUAUAAAGACCGCCCCUAAACCUUGCCACUAUAAAAAAAAAAAAAAAAAAAAAAAAAAAAAGAGUAGUCUUUUAGCCCAAAGCACUGGUGCAUUUCAUGUAGGAACUUACUGCAGAAAGCUAUAGGGAAGAAUCUGAGACCAAGAUGGACAACGCCACUUCUGCAUGUCCUACCAACUCCAUUUCCAUGAAUCCACCCAGUUCUACAGUGAUCAAUGUGAGACCCACUCCUCCUCCACCUAAAGACCAUCUGCUGUGGUCUCUCUGCAACACUCUCUACAUGAACUUCUGCUGCCUUGGAUUUAUGGCCCUUAUCUACUCAGUGAAGACUAGAGAUCAGAAUGUUCUUGGAAACAUCAAAGCUGCCCACCUCUAUUCGCACAAGGCUAAGUGGUACAAUAUUCUGGCUUCAGGGUGGAACGUCAUUAUUCCUCUUCUCAUCAUCGUGCUCGUUGUCACUGGGAUUGUCCACCUCUCCAAUGCCAAGGGGUCUUAUGACUUCUUCGGUGAGGAAGGCUACAAUAACUUUGGAAAGCUCUUUAGGAAAUAAUCAGCAUCUGAGGAUCCUUCCCAAUCACACUGAACAAGAACACCACCUGGACAGUGCCUUUCCAAUGAAAACAUCAAUACAACUUGUAUUGAAGGCUUUCUACAGUCAUUAAACUUCAUAUUUCACAACCAGUGGAAUAUUUAUAUGUCAAGUUCCCAAAGAAUAUGUUUUCAAGUCAGUGCAGUUUAUAGAUGCAUAACUUCAACAUGUCCCCCUUACUUUUGGGCAACAAUUUAAAGUUGCUUUGAACAACCACCUAAAAGAUCAAAGGUGGUCUUCAAAUCAUGUACUUUACCAUGGGACGAGCCUGGUGUCCAUCUAAUGUAGGGUAUAUAGGUUGUAUUUAACACUGAAGGCUAUAAUCUGUAUUAUUGCAAUACCAAAGCAGACUGUUUGACUUGCAAGUCUAGUAGGUCUGCUUCAGGGUUUGGAAAACAGUUAAUUGCAUUCAACCAGGUUAAAUCAAAGCUCUAUCUCUGGGGAAACAGUUUAGGAGAACCACACUUAUAUUCUACAUGGGUUAUUCUUCCCCAAUUUUUUUAAAUGGUCAAAUAUAAAUGGCUAAAGAUAAAGAGUACAUUAUUUAACAUUGACAAUAUUACAACUUCAUGUGCAAAUACAGUAUUAUACAUGCAAACAACAAAAUCAAAAGGGUGGACUUGCCACCCCUACAAACAUUAAUAUAGAAGAGACAACAUAUACGAUGAGGUUUUUCCAAGCACUUAAAUUAUUUUACUGUAGAUUUUAUAAUUUACUUUUACUCCUUGUGUCCACAGAUUAAAUAAAAUAAUGGUGCAAGACUAAAAACCUAUCUGUGUUAAUGUAACAGUGAAUUAUUGUAUGUGUUUGUCAACCUCUUUUAUCAAAGAAACCUUUUUUUUCAGUUUCAUAAUAAACUAAUUUAA